AUGAAGAUUAGAGUGAAAGAAGUAUUGAAGAAACUUGAAAGUGACCAUGUGCCUACCUUAUCGCAUAAAGAAUUGUUCUUAGCUACCACUGAUUUAUUACCAGUCACUGACGAGAAGAAAACAUGGGACUCAUGGACAUUUGUCGGUUUCUGGGUAGCAGAUUGCUUCAAUUUGAAUACGUUCCUCAUCGCCUCUUCAAUGAUAACAGCGGGACUUAACUGGUGGCAGUCACUUUUAUGUGUUGUCAUAGGUUACUCGAUGGUGGGACCCUUCAUCGUUCUCAAUGCUAGACCAGAAGCGGUAUGGGGACUGGUCUUUCCAGCAGUUUGUCGAACCACUUUUGGCGUCUUUGGUACUUUCUGGCCAAUAUUCACUCGUGCCACGAUCGCGUGCGUCUGGUGGGGAUCCCAGUGUUGGCUUGGCGGACAAUGCGUUCACGUAUUGAUCAGAGCGAUCUGGCCAAGUUUUACCAGUAUCAAAAAUACCAUGCCUGCUAGUACGGGCACUUCGACUGACUAUGUGAUCUCAUUUAUCAUCUUCUGGCUCUUAUCAUUACCUACAAUAUGGGUACCGAUCCACAAACUCCGAUGGUACUUAUUCGCCAAAGCGAUCGUGGGUCCAUUGGCCGGUCUGACACUCCUCGGAUGGUCAGUCAAACGAGCUGGUGGAGCUGGACCGAUAUUCAGUCAAACUGCUACUUUGAAAGGGUCGAAACUCGCUUGGCAGAUGGUCACAAGUAUAAGCGAUUGUUUUGGUAAUCUGGUGACUUUGAUUGUGAACGCACCAGAUUUCGCCUCAAGAGCCAAGACCCCCUCUGCCUCCGUAUGGUCACAACUGAUAACCAUGCCACUCGGGUUCUCAAUCACUUCCUUCCUCGGUAUCGUGAUCUGCUCCUCCAGUGCUGUGCAGUGGGCUCAGCCCAUCUGGAACGUCAUUAAGAUUAUGGAAGCGAUGUUGGAUGGAGCCGAACCCAGCAGAAGAGCAGGAUUGGCUUUUAUCGCCAUGGGGUUCAUAUACGUAACUCUCUUGAUGAAUGUCGUGGGCAACUCGAUCGCUGCAGGAUGCGAUUUCACUGCCUUGUUCCCUCGAUACCUAUCAAUCAGAAGGGGUGGUUAUAUAGCUGCGAUAGUUGGGAUUUGCAUGGCUUAUCUGAUUAUGAUGAUUUUCAAUAAAAAUCCUUGGCUACUGUACAAAUCGCCUCAAACGCUGACCAAAUUUCUCGCCGCUAACGGAAUCUUCCUCGCAUGCAUUGCUGGGCCGAUGAUAUCUGAUUAUUGGCUGGUACGUAAAGUUCAUGUGAGAAUUAACGAUCUUUACGUAGCAGAUAAAAAAGGUUGGUAUUGGUAUACGGCAGGUAUGAAUUGGAGAGGGUAUCUUGGGAUGCUAUGUGGAUUCGCUAUUAAUUUACCAGGGUUUAUCAGUACGAUCCACCCGUCUAUCAAAGUCUCCCAAGGUGCUAUGAAGUUAUAUUACCUACUAUGGCUUACUGGACCGGGAGUAUCAGGUUUAGUAUAUUACCUAGCCUGUCUUCUCUCUCCUCCACCAGGUAUGAGCAAAAUCUUUGAAGAAGUAAAUGAGUUAGCCGGUGAACCGAGAGUAGAUCAGAUAGUACAAACAAAUGGUGCAUUGACGUCAGCUGCUGCCACCAUGUCGGCUCUCUCGACUGCUCCGGAGAUUGAAGCAGGACCACAGAGGAGCGAACGAGAAGUACGGUCCAGUAACGACAUCGCUGAUUUUGCUAUAAGGAACACGGGCGAUGUGAUAAAGAGAUCCGUUACACGGUAA